AUGGAUGCGGGCGAUCUGUACAAAGCGAGUGGUAGCUUGAGAUCAAGCAGCAAACGAGGUGAAAGCUUCAGAGUGAACAGCUCGAACAUAUGGAGGAACACAGGGUUGGAAGUGUUCACACGAUCAUCGCGUGAAGAAGAUGAUGAGGAGGCCUUGAAGUGGGCUGCGCUCGAGAAACUGCCCACGUUCGAUCGCCUGAGGAGAGGCUUGCUGCUCGGAUCAAGAGGCGCCAACGAGGUUGAGGUGCAUGAUCUGGGAAUCCAAGACAAGAAGCAGCUCGUCGAGAGGCUGGUCCAAACUGUGGAAGAAGAUAAUGAGAAGUUCUUGUUAAAGCUCAGAAACAGGAUUGAUAGAGUUGGGAUCGAUAUUCCAACCAUAGAAGUGAGGUAUGAGCAUCUGAAUAUCGAUGCGGAAGCCUUUAGUGCAAGCAGGGCUCUGCCUACUUUUGUCAACUUCCACAUAAAUCUGGUUGAGGGAUUCUUGAACGCACUACACAUACUUCCAAGUAGAAAGAAGCCUUUUACAAUUCUUAAGGAUGUUAGUGGAAUUAUCAAACCAUGCAGAAUGACUCUGCUGUUAGGUCCUCCAAGUUCUGGGAAAACUACACUUUUGCUUGCUUUGGCCGGAAAGCUUGAUCCAACCCUCAAAGUUUCGGGGAGAAUUACUUACAAUGGGCAUGAAAUGCAUGAAUUUGUACCUCAAAGAACUGCAGCAUACAUAAGCCAGCAUGACCUGCACAUUGGAGAAAUGACUGUCAGAGAAACCUUGUCAUUUUCAGCCAGAUGCCAGGGUGUUGGAUCCAGAUACGAUAUGUUGGCAGAGCUGUCACGAAGAGAGAAAGCAGCAAAUAUCAAACCAGAUCAUGAUGUUGAUAUCUACAUGAAGGCAGCAGCAACAGAAGGAGAUGCAGCAAAUGUUGUUACAGAUUAUGUUCUUAAGGUUCUGGGGCUUGAAAUCUGUGCCGACACUUUAGUCGGAGACGAGAUGAUAAGGGGUAUUUCUGGAGGGCAGAAAAAGCGUGUCACGACAGGAGAAAUGCUGGUUGGACCAGCAAAGGCACUUUUCAUGGACGAGAUAUCCACUGGUUUGGAUAGUUCGACGACUUUCCAAAUAGUGAAUAUGCUUCGACAAUAUGUCCACAUUAUGAAAGGAACUGCAUUUAUCUCCCUGCUGCAGCCAGCACCCGAGACCUAUGAUCUGUUUGAUGACAUUGUUCUCUUGUCCGAUGGUCAGAUCGUCUAUCAGGGUCCUCGAGAAAAUGUGUUAGACUUCUUUGAGUCCAUGGGUUUUGCAUGCCCAGUACGGAAAGGAGUGGCUGAUUUCUUACAAGAAGUAACUUCAAAGAAAGAUCAAAAGCAAUACUGGGCAAGAAAGAAUGAGCCAUACCGAUAUGUCUCAGUUAGUGAAUUUGCAGAGGCCUUCCAAUCAUACGUUGUUGGACGGAGGAUUGGAGAUGAGCUCUCAAUCCCAUUUGAUAAGACCAAAAGCCACCCUGCAGCUUUGACAACAGAGAAGUACGGUAUUGGGAAAAAAGAACUUCUAAAAGCCUGUGCCGACAGAGAAUACUUGCUGAUGAAGAGAAACUCAUUUGUCUUCUACUUCAAGAUCUUCCAGAUUUCUGUGAUGUCAUUGAUUGCGAUUACACUCUUCCUGAGAACAGAGAUGGGUAAAGAUGACAUAGGAGACGGGGGGAUAUAUACCGGUGCUCUGUUUUUCGCUGUCAUUCUUGUCAUGUUCAACGGUAUGUCUGAGCUUGCCAUGACGAUUUACAAGCUACCUGUAUUCUACAAACAAAGGGAUAUGUACUUCUUCCCCCCUUGGGCAUAUGCUAUACCCUCAUGGAUCCUGAAAAUCCCUGUCACCUUCCUUGAAGUUGCUUUAUGGGUAUUUGUCACCUACUACGUGAUUGGAUUCGACCCAAACAUAACAAGGUUACUGAAGCAGUACCUUCUGCUUCUGUUUAUGCAUCAGGCGGCAUCAGGAUUGUUCAGGUUUAUUGGUUCAGCCGGUAGGAACAUGAUUGUCGCAAACACAUUUGGUCUAUUUGCACUGCUCCUGCUUUUCGCCUUGGGUGGUUUUGUCCUAGCACGAGGGGAUGUGAAGAAAUGGUGGCUAUGGGGCUACUGGUCCUCUCCACUGAUGUAUGCUCAGAAUGCAAUUCUGGUUAAUGAAUUCACAGGGCAUAGUUGGAGCAAAUUGGUAAAUGGGACCAAACUGGGAGUUCUUGUUAUGGAGUCUCGAGGGUUCUUUCCUCAAACAUAUUGGUAUUGGAUCGGGGUAGGGGCGUUGUUUGGAUUCGUAUGGCUAUUCAACAUCCUCUACCUAUUAUGUUUGACAUUUCUUGGUGCUUAUGAAAAACCUCAAGCUGUCUUACCCGAAAUAGUUGAAGAUGAUUCCCAUGUGCGCGGCUCUAUCAGCAGAAAUUCAGCUCAAGGCAGUGAGGGCAUGCGGAGAAGCAUCUCAUCUGGAUCUUCAUCUGUGAGAUCAGAUGCCAUCGAACUCACUGAGAACCGGAAAAGGGGAAUGAUUCUUCCAUUUGAACCACAUUCUCUCACAUUUGACGACAUCAGAUACUCAGUGGACAUGCCGGCGGAAAUGAGAGUUCAAGGAGCCACGGAAGACAAACUGGAGCUUUUAAAGGGUGUCAGUGGUGCUUUCAGGCCAGGUGUUCUUACAGCCUUGAUGGGUGUUAGUGGGGCUGGUAAAACUACGUUAAUGGACGUGUUAGCCGGAAGAAAAACUGGGGGUUAUAUUGAGGGACAUAUCACAAUAUCCGGAUACCCGAAGAACCAGGCGACGUUUGCUAGGAUAUCGGGAUACUGUGAGCAAAACGACAUCCAUUCUCCAAAUGUGACGGUUUACGAGUCCCUCACUUACUCAGCUUGGUUGAGGUUGCCCCAAGAAGUUGAUGAGAAAACUAAAAAGCUAUUCGUUGAUGAGGUUAUGGACCUUGUAGAACUCACCCCCUUAAGAGAAGCACUAGUCGGGUUGCCAGGAGUCAGUGGCCUCUCAACCGAGCAGCGAAAAAGGCUUACUAUUGCAGUUGAACUUGUAGCCAACCCUUCAAUCAUAUUUAUGGAUGAGCCGACUUCAGGGCUUGAUGCCAGAGCUGCUGCAAUAGUGAUGAGAACAGUCAGAAACACGGUAAAUACAGGAAGAACAGUAGUGUGCACCAUUCAUCAGCCUAGCAUUGACAUAUUUGAAUCAUUCGAUGAGCUAUUUUUAUUGAAACGAGGAGGGGAAGAGAUAUACGUUGGACCAUUGGGUCGCCAGUCGACACACUUGAUCAAGUACUUUGAAGCAAUUGAAGGAGUGCCGAAAAUCAAAGAUGGUAUCAAUCCAGCUACCUGGAUGUUGGAAGUAACUACUUCAGCACAAGAACUAUCUCUAGGGGUUGAGUUUGCCGACUACUACAGAAAGUCGGAGUUAUACACGAGGAACAAGGCCCUAAUCAAGGAAUUAAGUGUCGUUCGUCCUGGCACGAAGGACCUCUACUUCCCGUCUAAAUACUCCCAAUCUUUCCUUACCCAGUGCUUCGCCUGCCUAUGGAAACAACACUGGUCAUACUGGAGGAAUCCGCCAUACACAGCUGUAAGGUUUUCGUUCACAACCUUCAUAGCCCUUAUAUUUGGGACGAUGUUCUGGGACCUCGGCUCUAGAAGCAAUACUCAACAAGAUCUAUUCAAUGCCAUGGGUUCUAUGUACGCUGCCAUCAACUUUCUUGGGUUCCAAUAUGGUUCAACAGUACAACCCGUAGUUGCCAUCGAGCGAACUGUAUUUUACAGAGAGAGAGCAGCUGGAAUGUAUUCAGCAUUACCAUAUGCAUUCUCACAAUUUGUCAUCGAAAUUCCUUACGUCUUCGCACAAUCCCUCAUCUACGGUCUCAUAGUCUUCUCGAUGAUGGGAUUCCCCUGGAGCGUCGAGAAAUUCGCCUGGUUCAUAUAUUUCCUGUUCUUCUCGUUACUAUACUUUGUCCUCUAUGGUAUGAUGACCGUGGCCGUCACACCAAACCACAACAUCGCUGCCAUCGUGUCUUCCUUCUUCUACGGCAUCUGGAAUCUCUUCUCAGGAUUCAUCGUACCCCGGCCGAGGAUGCCUAUAUGGUGGAGAUGGUACUACUGGGCUACUCCCGUGUCUUACACCUUAUACGGCUUCAUAGUAUCUCAGUUUGGAGAUAUUGAGACUGAGAUGGACAGCGGAGUCACAGUGAAAAAGUUCUUGGAAGAUUACUUUGGAUUCGAGCGCGGUAUGCUCGGGGUUGUGGCAGCUAUACUCUGUGGAUUCGUUGUUCUUUUCACAUUCAUCUUCGCCUACUCUAUCAAGACAUUCAACUUCCAGAGGAGAUAAACAACUGUUUUUUUUACACCUCACGAGCAUUCACUUUCACAAGUUAUGAAGAGCAGAGAUUUUGUAUAGGAAAUCUUAGGAUGUCUAUAAGGUAAAAUCAAUGUUUUCGAAUUUGGGUUCUACUUCUUAUAUAUUGCUAUCAUCAAUGGAUCAAAGUGUGUAUGUGAUCUAAUUUUUUUUUGGGGUUUUAAUCUAAAGUCUCCAAUUGUAUCCUUA